GGCGCGGCUCGGUCAGACUGGGCACACCCCGCGGGCGGAGCUCGCCCCAUCCUCGGGGCCCGGCGGCGGGGAUCGACGGGAGAGCUGUACAGCUGCACCAGCAAUUAUGCUCCCUGCAAAGACAUUCCCAGUACAGCAAAGUGUGGGAGACACCAGCACUAUUAUUGUGAGGCAGAAGACAGUCCCAUCUCUCCUGCCUGGUAAUAAAAGAAGGAUUGUAUGGGGAGGCAGAAAUCCUCUGCCACUGGCCUGGUGCUCUCCUCAUCCCAGCCAGUCUCUGCGGGGUGCUCAUUAGCAGAUGUGUUUUCUUGGGAUUUCAGGCUUCAAUUGAUUCCCCAAGAUGUUUGCAAAAGCAACAAAGAAUUUUGUGAGAGAAACUGACAGUGGAGGUGACUUAAUCCCUGUCUCCCACUUGAAUGCCUCAGACAAGCUGCAACUUAUGAGCUUAGUCACGAAGAGAAAGAAGUUCUGGUGCUGGCAGAAGCCUAAGUAUCAUUUCUUGACAGUCACCCUGAGUGAUGUGCUUACUGAAGACAAACCGAUCAAACCAGUAAUCGUGGAGUCUGACUUUGCAAAAUAUAUGGGGAAGUUUGAAGAUUCUGUUCAAGGAAGCAUUGAAACUUCAUUUGGAAAGAUCAGCCUGGAAGCUGGAGGAAAGGGCUAUGUGGAAAACCAGUCCUCAUUUGGAAACCUAAGGAAGCAGGAGAUUGACUUGCAGCAGCUUAUGAAAGACGUCAAGGACAGAACAAUAAAUCUAAACAGUAGUUUAUUGCAACAAGUAAUGGAAAGGAAACGUGAAGUGCUGUGCAUCUUGAGAGAAAAGAUAAUAACAACUCAGAAGUGUACGAUAACUGAACACAUCCAGACAGAAGAAAAAAUCAGUGGUGUGGUGGGAUGCAGCACAAAAACAGUAAAGGUUUCAGUGAGUGAAAGUGGAAGUAUGAUGAAAGAUUCUAGUGUGAUCCUUGAAAUUCCUCCUGCAACCACUAUUGCCUACAGUGUAAUUGAACUGUUUAUAAAGCACAGUGGCCAGUUUGAAUUCUGUCUGCUGGAUGAACAGCAAGGAGGUUUUGAAAAAGAAAGCACAGAAGGCUCAACUUGUCCCCAUUCAGCGCUAUUCAGAGAUGCUUUGUUUCUCUAUCAGCCAGAUGCCGUUGAUAACGACGUGUACUCUGGGGCAAAAAAACUCAUUCCCAGUGGUGCUUCUUUAAGUGUCUUGAAGCAAGAUCUGUCAUGGCUGAAGGCUCAGUUCCAGCCCUUUGUGAAGCUGCCGGAAGACAAGCGAAGAGCUUUAUAUAAAACCCUUUGUGAGCUCUUGCUCUGUGAAGAAAUGGUGACUGCCCUGGAGGACGUGGUAGAUGAUAUCUGCACGGGAGACAAGCCAGACCUGAAGGAGUUAAUACCUGCACAACAACGAGACCUCCUGGACUUCUUACAGCUCAUCGGGUGCAGGUUGCAGAAGGAGCUGUUGCAGAAGUGCCAGCCUCAGGAUGAAGAACUCUUCUCAGCUGCUCACCUUCUCAUCAGUGCUAUCUCUGAGCUGCCUGAUUGCACCCUUGUCCUGCUGCGUGCCUGCUGUGAUCUUCAGGUGGUUCCAGCGUUGUGUUAUUUGCCGAACAUCGCUGCAGCUGAUGGCACUGUGGCGCUGAGCAGUCCUUUGGUGGCGACUCUCACUGACAGAGGAAGAUUUGAUGUGGUGCAAAGGCUGUUUACUUCAUCAAACAUUCAGUUGGAAAUGACAGAGUCUUCUGUGAAAGCUGUAACUAUGAAAGAACCUAGAUUCUUCCCACUGGUUCUUUAUGUUGCAUUGUAUGGAUUUUCUGCUUUAGGUGGAAAUGUGUAGGAGUUUUGCUGCAUUAUUGCUCUAGCCUGUUCUUCUGUAGCUCUGCAAUGUAGUGUUGGUGUGUUUGAGCUGGGAGUAGAGCCACUGGGUUGAGUGCAUAGGGCAGUCCGGGCAGGGGUUAUGGUGGCCAGGCUGGGCUCUGCAGGCUUGGGGUGAGCACUCUGCACUG